AUGCCCCGACUCGUGCGUCGCCGGCCGCUCUCUGAGCGCAUUGCCGGCUUUUUUAACCCUUGGGAUUUUCUGCUAUGGAUAUCGGAGGAGGUUGACUCUAGUGACUGGGAUCAGCUCGAAAAGGACUGGGCCUUGCCGCUCGGUUUUGCGUUGAAUUUUGUCUUCUUGAUCGCCAGAGCAAAUAGCGUCACCCGAAUCAGUCGGGCAGACGCUGAUAUAUUCGGCGAUGGCAACGGUGGAUUAUCCUGGCUGAGCUGGUUGGCCUCGUUUUUUGUGCAUAUUCUCGCUUUGUUCUCCGUGACAAAUGCCGUGUAUACCUUCUGGCGAAAACGGCGAUACCGUCUUUUCGAGUCUUCAAUCGAUAAAGUACCAGCUACACCCUCUGCGCAACGAGUUCAAGUGUCCUCCGCUCCGAUGUCAACAUCUCCUAUUCGCUUCCUAUCAAAUAUCUUGACCGGUGAAUCCGCCGAGUCGCGACGUCAUCCUGACCCGAAACGUGAUGUGUGGGAGAUCGCUGUUUGGGAUCCCUUUCCGUUAUCACUUCGUCUGUUCUGUUCGUUUAGCCCGGGCCAUGUGCUUGUGUACUGGCUCUUUCUGCCCACACUUUCUUCUGAUCCUCGGCCGAGCGUUACAAUAUUUACCACGAUUAUUCUCGCGCUUUUACUCUCCGUGCAAAUGUCAUUCCUUUCGACUUCAUUCUCCCAGCAAGCCAAGGACUCAACCUUGGUUCAUAAAGAGGUGUUACAUGAAUACGAUACGAAAUUCGUUCAUCCCCGAACUCACCCGCUUAUGAGGGAUGUUGGUACUCAAUUUUCUGAAGAGUAUGCCACACAACCGGGUCCGGAUGAUCAAUACAACCAAGUUGAACUUUGGACACCGACACAUGUCAUAAAUCGGGGAUUUAAGACAAGCCCGAAUCCAAAUUACCUCGGUCAUGUUGACCCCGACUCAGCAAAUAAACAAUCAUCACCUUCUCGACGACAGUCAUUCAUGCCAUCUAACCCAUCAAGCGGCAUUCAUACACCUAGCCAUCUACGCGAUGCGUCUCCAGUUAUCCAAAACAACCCGUCAAACAUGCGCCAGCCUCAUUUCAGGCAGCCAACAGCGUCCGUUGCUGUAGGUGACGGUGGUAGCCUUGGUGUCUACUCUCACGCCAAUUCUCCUCUUAGGAAAUCCGCGUCAGCGAACUUUAUCAGAGACCGGCCAGGGGCAGACAAUAAUCUCAAGGAUAGAUUUGCUCUAUUAAGCCCUGCGAAGAGAGGUUCAAGUCCAUUGAAACGGACAAGCACCCCGGGUGGAUUGAGUAGUGCAGCCGGUCCACAGCAGCGAUGGGGACAUAUUACCGAGGGAAGUCGAAGAGAAACAGGCUACUUUUGA